AUGACACCCCGAACCCGCCAUUCGACGUUCGCACGUUUUGUAGCGCUUUCGACCUUCGGCUUUGUGUUUUUCGGUCUCUUCACCCUUACGUUCGCCCCUCGAACAUCCGUCAGACGAGACUUGCGUCGGUUUUUCCAAGGCACACAAACCGAAUUUGACGUCAAAAGAUCGAUUCUUCUGAACACUAAGGCUGAAAACAUCAGAGAAAAUUCUCUGAAGUACACUGCUGAACCCCAUCUUGCGGGAACUAACAAGGAACUCGCUGAAUGGACCCGUGACCAGUUGCAAUCAUUUGGAUGGGAUGCAGGAAUUGAGGAGUAUGAAGUCUACCUUAACUACCCGCUCGACCAUGCUCUUAAUUUAGUUGAUGACAACGGAAAAGUUAUCUAUGAAGCGUCUCUUGAGGAGGAUGUUCUCAAAGAGGAUCCCACGACUGGGCUGCGAGACAGAGUUCCCACUUUCCAUGGUUACUCGGCGAAUGGAAAUGUGACUGCCCAGUUCGUUUACGCCAAUUACGGUGAAAAGGGAGACUAUGAUCUUAUCCUUGAGAAAACAGGCGAUCCUGACUUCUUCAAAGGCAAGAUUGUCAUUACCCGAUACGGAGGUAUUUUCCGGGGGCUCAAGGUGAAAUUCGCACAGGAUUUGGGUGCAAAGGGUGUGGUCAUUUACUCUGACCCAGGUGAUGAUUCUGGGAUCACUCCUGAAAAUGGGUACAAGACUUACCCUAAGGGUCCAGCUCGAAACCCCUCAUCGGUCCAGCGGGGAAGUGUUCAGUUUUUGUCCCUCGGCCCAGGUGACCCCACUACACCUGGCUAUCCCUCAAAGGGAGCAGUUGAGCGACAAGACCCCUCUAAAUACAUUCCCUCAAUUCCAUCUCUUCCUGUGUCGUACAGAGACAUCUUGCCAAUUCUGAAAGAACUAAACGGACGAGGCGAGACUUUUGACGGGUUUGAGGGUGGUCUGGAGGGCGUCGACUACUCAAUCGGCCCCUCAAAAACAUCUCUCAAUCUUUACAACUCGCAAGACUACAAAAUAACACCGAUUUACAACGUUAUCGCAUCCUUAACUGGUUCGACGUACCAAAACGAAGCCAUCGUUGUCGGCAAUCAUAGGGACGCGUGGAUUGCAGGUGGGGCCGCUGACCCUAAUUCGGGUUCAGCUGUCCUUCUGGAAUUGGCGCGUGUUCUCGGUGUGCUCUCUAAGGCCGGAUGGACUCCCACGCGUACUCUAACGCUAGCUUCUUGGGAUGCCGAAGAAUACGGACUUGUUGGUAGCACCGAAUGGGGCGAAGAUCAUAGCAAGUACAUUUCAGAUAAUGUUCUUGCUUAUGUCAAUCUCGAUGUGGCCGUUUCAGGCUCUAAAUUUCACUCUGCCGGCUCCCCUGUGCUCUCUGCUCUGCAACGUGCUGUUGCUAAGGAGAUACCUCACCCAUCAGACAAUAAUACAAGCCUGUACGAUGUUUGGAAGAAGGAUUCGCGUGCUUAUAUUGGAAACUUGGGCUCAGGAUCUGAUUACACCGUGUUCUUGGACCACUUGGGUGUACCUUCUAUCGAUGUCGGCUUCUCAGGUGGAAAGGGAGACCCCGUUUACCAGUACCACUCCAACUAUGACUCUUUCCACUGGAUGGACAAUUUUGUGGAAAAUGCCUGGGAAUACCAUGCGGCUAUAUCCAAAUAUGUGACUCUCUUCGCCGUUUCUCUUUCUGAGCGAGAAGUCGUAGCCUUCAAUGUUAAGGAAUAUGCCCUGACUCUGAGCAAGUUCUUGAAAGCUAUUCAGAGGAAAUACGUCGGUGCCAGCGGACAUCUUUCUGGCCUUGAAACAGAGUCGAACGAACAGAAGGUCUUGGAAAAAGACAACUCUGGAUUUGAUACCAGCACUGCUCCAUGGGCAGAAUCAUUCGAUGACGUCUUAAAAACUGCUAAGGAGUUUGUUGAAACUGCCCACAAGUAUGAUGAGUACACUUCUGAACUCCAGAAAGAUAUCAUUAAAGAUUGGCCUUGGUAUAAAUACUAUAAGAAGCUCGCUCUUCUGGCUCGAAUUAGGGUGGCGAACAGGAAACUCUUCCAUCUCGAAAAACUCUUUUUAUCCUCGAAUGGUCUUCAAGGUAGAGAGUGGUUCAAGCAUAUCGUCUAUGCUCCUGGAAGAUACACCGGCUAUGCUGGAGAAGUCUUCCCUGGUAUCGUGGAAGCUCUUGAGGAUGGUGACUAUGAGAACGCCAUUAAGUGGCUUUCUAUCACCAAGGCUAGUUUGAAGUCUGCUAAAGGGCUGCUUAAAUGA